AGACACCAUAGCCAGCAGCACCCUUCAGUUCCUGAACAAUAAUUUAGGUAGCUCAGAAGAGUGAUAGCUGGUCCCACCAUCUGUUCAGAGUGGGUCCCGGAACCCUAUCUUCCAUCUGGUCUAUAUACACAAAUUCCCAGACUCAUCAUAGGGCCAUUGGUUGCUGUGCUGUUUGAAUUUUGAAAGAAGAAAAGGUAAUUCUGUGAGUCGACUCGGUACCCGAAAGUCCCUCCGUAAUUCCUCCCUUUUUCUCUGUUCUUCUUUGACCUCCAUUUGAGUGAAAGAUUGAAUCUUUGAAGUGGGAUUUCGUUGUGUUUUGUGGGUUUCUGUUCUCUCUCUCUCUCUUCACUCUUGGACUUCGCCAUUUUCUCUCUCUUGUUCAGAGGAAGGAGAAUGAAGAACGGAGCAAAGCUCAUAGUUUUCCACCCUUCUCUGCAAAAACAGGGUCUGGGAAUUAUGCCGGCGGCGUCUCCUCGUGUUCUGCUCCUCGUUUUCGUCUCAUUCUUCGCUUUUGCGUUUGCCCUGAGUUUCUUCUCCGGCAGAGACGCCGUGCCGCCGGCGGGAAGCGGCGGGGGGUCGUCGGCGAGGCCUGAGUUGCCGGAGCCGGUGUUCGACGCGCUUGUGCAUUACGCCACGGUUAAUACCACGGCGGUGGCUUCUCGAAUGUCGGCCGCGGAGGUGAGCGCCGUGGCGGCGACGCUCCGCCGCUGCGGAAACGCAUGCAAUGUUCUCGUUUUCGGGCUGACCCACGAGACCCUUCUGUGGCGUUCUCUGAACCAUAACGGCCGGACGGUUUUCGUCGACGAGAGCGCGUAUAAGGUGUCGAAAGUGGAAGAGAGACAACCUGGGAUCGAAGCGUACGAUGUUCAGUUCACGACGAAAGUUAGCGAGCUUUACGAUUUAUUGGAACACGCUAAAGAACAGCUCAAGAAAGAGUGCCGGCCGGUGCAGAAUCUUCUCUUCUCCGACUGCAAAUUGGCCAUCAACGAUCUCCCCAACCACAUUUACGACGUCGCUUGGGACGUCAUUUUAAUCGACGGGCCACGCGGGUACUUGCCUUCCGCGCCGGGGAGAAUGUCGCCGAUUUUCACCGCCGGCGUGUUGGCCCGGAGCAAACCCGGCGGCGCCUCAAAGACGCACGUGUUUGUGCACGAGAUUGACAGAGAGGUGGAGAGAGUAACCAGUGAGAGAUUCCUUUGCCGGGACAACAUUGUAGAUUCCGUGGAUUCUUUGGGGCAUUUCGUGGUCGGAAAACUGAAACCUAACGACUACAAAUUCUGUUCAAAGUCCGAAUCGUCUUCGUCUUCUUCAUCAAAACCAUCGAUGGCGGAUCAGUGAACCACUGCAACACAGUGAUCAUUUCUACUUUCUCUAUUUUUUUCUUUCUUUUUUACUUUUUAUUAUCAUAUUAUUAUAUAAUCUCUAUAUAUAGCAAAAUCUGUAAGAUUUUAGAGCUCUUCAAGUGUGAAAUAUUUUGUUCAUCAGAAGAAAAAACUUUCCCAAAAAAAAAAAAAAAAUCAAAUCAAAUACCGAAAUGUUCCUCAU